AGUCCGCCCUCACUCAGUAUCCACGGGUUUCACAUCUGUGGAUUCAACAAACUAUGGAUGGAAAAGAAACAAAGAUCACAUCUGUUUUGAACACGUGCAAAUUUCUACCUCCCCUUGUCAUUAUCUAAAUAAUGUAGCAUCACAACUAUUUACAUAUGCAAAUGCUAUGUCAUUUUAUAUGGGAGCCUCGAGCACCUGCAGGUUCUGAUUUUUUGCUGAGCAGGGCAGAGUCCUCAAGGUAAUCCCCCUCAGCGACUGAGAGAUGACUGCUUCCUUUAACAUUUUAACAUUAUUCUGUCCCUCUUAAAUGAGCACUCCCUGAGGACAAGGAUAAUAAUAUCUACCUUCAUGGGGAUGGUUUUGUCUCCAGAAGACAUCUGACAAGGACUGGAGACAUUUUGGAUACAUGGUAGAGGGGGUGCUCCUGGUAUGUAAUAAGUAGAGGUCAGGGAUACUGCUAAACAUACAAUGAACAAGACAGCCCUCAGCGCCGAGAAUUCUUGGGUCCAAAAUGCCAAAAGAGGCAAAGUUGUGAAACCCACAUCACCUUGUUCAUCAAUGUAUUCUUAGCACUGAGCACUAAUCCUGCUAACCCAGUAGGUGUUUAACUAAUUACAGAGGAGUUGAGCUGGACGGAGAAAACCUGCAAAACUGUUAUCGUCCACAUGCUGGACUUAUUCCCUUUGCCGGUGUUUACUUUUCCUUCAUAGGAAGAUAAGCAUUAAGUGCUUUCAUAAUGGCUACACAACCUAGUCAUGUCUUCCAUGGUCAAGAAAAUAACCUUCUGGAAAAUGACUGUAAAAGAAAAUGCAUGAGGAGAAAUGCUGACGAAGACCCCAAGAAGCAAUUGAACCAAGAGACUAUGAAUGGACCUGGGCAAAAUCCAGAUGAUGGAUUACUGGUUACACCUGUUAAUCAGACGCAGGAAUUACUGAGGCUGCAGGGGAGUGAGACCUGGUCUUCAGCUUCUGAGGACCCCGAAGAUUGGCUUUCGAAUCACAGUCUAGAGUUUCAGAAACUCACCUUGGCUGACCUGAUCAAACAGGGCACAGCGGUGCUGGAGGAAGGCAGCAAUGUCAUGCAGAAAAUCCGCUUCUCCACUCAGACCAUCUGCCAUUUUGAAUCCAAGCUUUCUGAAGCUAUUGGACUCUAUCAGCAGAGAAUUCGGUGGCUCACAGAAAACAGCAAUAAGGCAUUUGGCCUCAUUAAAGGGACCAGAGUAGGCAUCCUCAUUGACAGGUCGGCGGUGGGCAAUGGCCCUCAGAGGGAGGAAUUCCAGAAUGACCUGGGGAGGCUCAUUGAAGAGCAGCUGAGCCACAAGGAGAAGCUGUAUGUCCUGUCCUUUGGUUCCACCACCAGCUUCCUCUGGCCAGACUCCAUGGAACUCGGUGUCUCCACCCUCCAGGAACUCAGACUCUGGGUAAAGAAACUGCAGCCUGAGGGAGGCAGCAAUUUGCUUCGAGCCCUGAAGAAAAUCUUUACUCUGAAGGAGCUGAAUUCUCUGGUGAUCAUCAUGGGCAGCUGCCCUGAUCAGUCUUCUGAUAUCCUGUCUGAUUACAUGCAGCAGGCCACCAUAGGAAGGGGCCUAAUCAUCCACGUGGUCACCUACAAAUGUGAUGGUCAGCUCCCUCUUGCCGUCCUGAAGAACCUUGCAGAAGCCCUUGGGGGCUACUACCACUGCUACAGCCCGGCUGCAGAGCUCUGUGCCAGCCGGGAUGUCGAUGAGCUCCUGGCAGAAAUGCAGAAGGCCCAGAGCCUCCUCAGCCAAGUCCAAGCCCUACGCCAGAGCAGCCCAUGGGAGGAGCCAAGCUGCCUGUGGAAGGAGAUUUCUGCAGAGAUUGCAAAAGGAUCACUUGCAAGCCUGCUACCUAAGCCUCCAAAGCAUCAAGCUCCUCUCACAAUUGAGUUCCCCAACUUGGACAAGACGUCUGCAGAAUGGCUCAAGGUCAAUAGUCUGAAAGCCAAAAAGUUAAGCCUUUAUCAGGUUCUGGCACCCAAUGCGUUUUCUCCUGUGGAGGAAUUCGUGCCUAUCCUCCAGAAAACGGUAUCAUCAACUAUCCAUGAGAAGGCAAUGGUACAAUUCGAAUGGCAUGAUGGGACAGUGAAGAAUGUUCAUGUGGAUCCGCCCUUCCUCUAUGAGUACCAGAAACAGCUCAGCAGAGCCGUGCGGAUAUUUGAGAGGCGGAUUGAAUGGCUGUCUCUGGCCAGCAGACGAAUCUGGGGCACCGUCUGUGAAAAAAGGGUGGUUAUACUGCUGGAUAUCUCUGCGACCAAUUCCAUGUACAUUAUUCAUAUCCAGCACUCCCUGAGACUGUUGCUGGAGGAGCAGCUGUCCAACAAAGACCUCUUCAACCUCAUUGCGUUUGGAAGCACAAUCGAAAGCUGGAGGCCUGAGCUGGUUCCCGUGAGCCACGACAAUUUACAGAGCGCCUGGCGGUGGGCCCUGACCCUGCAGUGUGGGGGCAGCAGAAAUAUCCUCAGUGCACUGCGGAAGGCUGUUGAAGUGGACUUCAAGGACAAGGACAAACACCAAUCACAGGGCAUCUACCUCUUCACAGGGGGCAUCCCCGACCAGGACAUGUGCAUACUGUGCGCCUACAUGGCAGAGGCAUGUAGUGGCUGUGACCUCCAGUUGAACGUGUGUCUCUUCUAUGUGAGUGAGCCUCGCAUGGACACCAUAGCUCCGGCCUGCUAUGCCAGCCGCACCGACACAGCCAUUGCCUAUAAGGAGGUUACCCGGACUACUGGUGGCCGCUUCCACUGGUUUGGAGAGACAGGCAUUUAUGAGAGUGAUGACAUCAACUCCAUCGUAUCUGAAGUGGAAAAGGCUCUCAACUAUUCCCAAAAGUGUGCCCUCUUAGUGGCCUCCUUGAAGAACCACUCAAGAAAGGAGCUGGAAAGUGCAGCCCUCCCAAAGGAGAAGCCCAAGACACCCAAGCAAGGAAGCCAGCCCAAGAAAUGCUGUCAGCCCAAGGCCACGGCCCCUGCAGCACCCAGAAUGAACAUGCAGGAUGGUCCUGACAAAGAGAAGAGUCCCUCGGUGAGAGCUCUGAAAUGGCAUCCACACAGUAACAGUGUGAGCAUUUCCCCAGCCACAUGUUUUCUUACUGCAGCCCAGCCAGUGAAAGAAAGGACAACCAAAUGGCGAAGGAAAACCAAAGCAAUGGGUGCAGAGACCGCUGUUUCACUCUUCUAUACAGAAACAGGGAAUAAUGUCGGCUCAGUGUACAGAAAGUACCCUCUAGCUAAGAAUCUGAGAAGGAUUAACACUGCUUCAGUGGAGUUGCCCAGAAAGGAUGUGGUGUGUUCAAGCCAAGAGUGGGUAGCAAACUAUGGACUGAAAAAACUGAAGAUGGAAAUCUCCAGACACAUCGGUCCCAACUGUGCUCAUCAAAAGUCAGCACGGGGGUCGGCCUCAACCAAAUACUGCAGCUGCCACAUCUUCCCCAGCGUGGAAAUCAAAGGGGUGGUGAGACACAUCCAGUGGACGCUCAGGGAAAUGGAGGAAUACAUCUCAUGCCUGGAAAAGCUGAUGAGGCGCUACGUGCAGAGGCUGCAGUGGCUGCUGUCUGGGAGCCGCCGACUGUUCGGUGCCAUCCUGGAGAGCAAAGUGUGCAUUCUGCUGGACACCUCGGGGUCCAUGGGCCCACACCUGCAGCAGGUGAAGACAGAGCUGAUUCUGCUGAUUUGGGAGCAGCUGCGGAAGCAGUGUGACAGUUUUAACCUGCUCAGCUUUGCAGAGGGUCUUCAGUCAUGGCAGGACAGCCUGGUGGAUACCACAGAUGCCAUGUGUCACAAGGCCAUGCAGUGGGUGACCCAACUACAAGCUCAGGGGAGUACCUCAGUCUUGCAAGCAUUACUGAAAGCCUUCAGUUUCCAUGGUGUGCAAGGACUGUACCUCCUGACCGAUGGGAAGCCGGACACCAGCCGCAGCCUCGUCCUCAGUGCGGUCCAAAGGCUCAGAGAAGAAAGGGACGUGAGAGUGCACACCGUGUCCUUGAACUGCACGGACCGAGCGGCCGUGGAGUUCCUCAGAAAAAUGGCGGCCUUCACUGGCGGGCGCUACCACUGCCCGGUCGGAGAAGACACGCUGAAGGCAAUGCAAGGCCCGCUCAUCAAAGGCUUCAUCGAGGAUCAGGAUCCCCCAUUGCCACUCUUUGAAGGAGAUGAUUUGAGAAGGUUGGCCCAGGAGAUCACCAAGGCCAGAAGCUUCCUCCGGCAGGCCCAGUCCUUCAGGUCACAACUCCAGAAGAAAAACAACCCAGAAGCCAAGGUCACUGCUUGUUAG